AGCACUGAGCUGACUUUUACUUCUUUUAUCUUGUUGGCCGUUGUUUCACUGAAAUAAGGUUCAAUGGGUUUAUUCAGAUCUAAAAGUAGAUAUUUUUGAAGUCACCCUUAUGUAGAACAUUCAGAAUAACUUAAUUCAAAAUACAAUAUUUUUUUGGAAUGUGCUCUUAUUAUAAGUGAGGUAAAGAAUUGAAUUGUAUCUAUUCAUAUAAUGCAUUACUUGUGAAAUUUUAACUGUGUUGUCAGUCCAAUAUACUGCCCAUUCUGAGGUCAAACAUCCCAUUCUGAGGUCAAACAUCUGUUUAUAAGUUGAAUGAUAUGCUUUAAAAUGGUUUGCAAUUGAAAAACUACCCUGAUUACUUCAAUGAGCUCUGAAAUCGUUUUUGUGACGGCAAUACAAUUCAAACAUGCUGGCACCUCCUCUAUGGGUGAUGUGAGAAUGUAGGUGGGGCCUACAGUGACAGCUAGCUUCACUUCCUCUUCCCAUGGCUGUGAAAACUUUGGCCAACAUCCACUGUGCCAGAAGAAGCUCCUUUUGAAAGCACAAACAGCAGCAAGGUCAGAGCUGCACUCUAAUAAUUUAGAUUUCAAUGUGUGUCAACACAUCACUGCAUAGUUCCUGUUGACCUAACGUUUGACAAACAUAGGUGUAUUGUAGUGUAAACCUUUAGGGCAGAUGAUGUAUGAGUGACAUAACUAGGGUCUUGCUCCUGUGGGAAAAUGGCAGAGAUGGAAGAUCAAGUGCCACACGAGGAGUCCUCUCAAGCUACAGAGGUGAAGAAGGUGCAUCAUAGAUCUGAAACCAAACGAUACAGCGAGAUCUUCAGAGAGUUUGAUAAUCUCGAUCUAUCUUUAUUAUCUUCUGCAGGGGAGGAUGUGCUGUCAGACACUGAGUCACAGUCCAACUCAGAAUCCAACUCUGCAGAAAGUGGAGAGGUCAAAGAGGAACAAGCUGUGACUGGUGACGAUACAUUUUGUACACUGAAACGUGGUGAGCCCAGUGAAGCCGAUGGAAAACAAUCAGCCCAGGAAGCAGACCUGGCUCUCUGUCGCUGCGAGGGUGGAGUGGAGACGGCGCUGCAGUAUGCCAAGAUGUGGUGCCGUUAUGCCAAAGACCUCCUGGCCUGGAUGGAGAAGAGAAUCAGCUUGGAACAAGAAUUUGCAAAAAAUGUGUUAAAGACAGCUGAAGGAGCAAAAGUCAUUGUUGCACAGCAGGAAAUAAUGCCCCUGCAGUACAUCUACACAAUGGCACUAGAGCAAGACAUCAAGAACAGUUUGACCUCUAGAAAGAUUUCAGAGCUUCUACAAAACCGCUGUUACCAGGCUUUGGCUGCCAAGAGGAAUGAGAUUGAAAGAUGGCGCAGAGAGUUUAAGGAUCAGUGGGCAAGAGAACAAAAGAGGAUGAAUGACUCAGUGACAGCUUUAAAAAAGGCUCGACAGCAAUACUUCCAGCGCUGUGAGGAGCUUGAAAAGGCCAAAGCUAUAUCUGCUAAAGCUGUGGAUGAUACUGCUGGAAUCAAAACACUGGAUAAGAGGAGGAAGUCCAAGGAUGAGGCCCAGACUAAGGUGACGGAGGCGGAGCUUCUGUACAAGCAGUGUGUGAAUGACGCCAAGACCCACCAAGAUGAGUUAGUGAAGGUCAAAGAGAGAAUUAUUUCCCACAAUCGCAAGCUCAUCUGUCAGGGAGACACUGUGCUCAAAGAGGCCACAGUCAACAUGUUCUACUACCAGCGGCAGCAGACAGAGCCGGUUCCCCUGGGCUACCACAACCUGGAGUUGACAUGCAGGUCUCUGGAGCCUGGCGAGCCUUACCUGCUCUACAUCCUCAGCAACCGUCGCACAGAACAGCCUCUUGAAACAUUUACCUUCCAGGAGUAUUUUCCUCAGGGCAAAGGGAACAAACGAAAAACCAGCAACCCUCCCAGCUCCCAGCAGGAUCACUGUUCACCGGUGACAGAUGAAAGCCCUUACAGAAGAUACAGCGAUGGCAGGAAAGCAGGGUACAGUGACGGGGAGAGUAUGGGAGGCAGUUUAGAAUCUCUGUCCAGUCCCGCUCACACAAAGAGACUGCCUAAAAACGCAUCCACCCUGACAGUGUCAUCUGAUGACCUGGACGAAAGGGACAUUGUCUCAGAAUCAGAGUGCAUUGACGGUCAGCCAGUGAAGAUGCGUAAACCUUCACGAGCUGCACUGACACACCAACUCAGAAAGAUGAAGAGCAAGAUGGUGAAAUGCAAACAUUGUGAGAACUACAUUGUUGUCAGCGGGGUGGAAUGUGAGGAGUGCGGCCUGGCUUUGCACAGGAAGUGUAUGGAAGUGUGUCAGUCAGAGUGUGAACACAGGAAGGGGACCGUGUUUGGAGUGGACCUGUCUCUGAUGUCACAUGACAGGCCGGACGAGGUGCCCUUUGUGGUGCUGCGCUGCACUUCUGAGAUUGAAAGUCGCGCCCUCUCUGUCCAGGGGGUGUAUCGUGUGAGUGGGUCCAAGCCCCGAAUCCAGAAGCUCUGUCAGGCCUUUGAGAUUCAAAAGGACCAGGUGGACCUCUCCGACCUCUCACCACAUGACAUCACUUCAAUCCUUAAACACUUCUUCAAGGAGCUCCCAGAGCCCUUACUAACCUUUGACCUGUACAAUAACUUCAUCGCGGUGGGUAAAAACAUUCAGCACCUGAGUGAAAGAGAGCCUACACCAGACACUAAUGAGAUAAUGGACAUCAUUAACAGCCUGCAAAAGCUACUACAGAGACUUCCUUCUUAUUGCCACAGCACCUUACAGCACCUGUUGAGUCACCUGCAAAGGGUUUCAGAGAACCAAGAAAACAAGAUGUCCCCGAGCAAUUUGGGUAUUGUGUUUGGGCCGACACUGCUGCGCCCUCUUGUGUCUACGGACAUGUCAAUGAUCGCACUGCUGGAGACCAGUUACCAGGCUGUGCUAGUUGAGUUCCUCAUCACACACCAUGACGAAAUUUUUGGCCUUCAGCCGAGAAGCCGUACGCCUACUCCUCCAGCCCCCACUGCACCUCUUCCUGACACCCCUCCCAGAGCUUCCUGUCACCUGGAUGGGGACGUUAACGCUGACUCAGAGCAUGAAAGCUCCUCCAGAGAGCGGCCACUCUCAGUAGAAAAUCGAACAAUCAAGAGAGAGUCAAGCGAGGGUUAUAUAUCUGACAAGUCUUCAUCCAAUGAGGCAGUGGACCAGCUCAGCCCCGAAGCCAAUGAAAGAGCAGUCCUGGCUAUGAGAGGCCAUCAUCAGGGUGAGCCAGUGGGGGAGCCAGACCCUGUUUUGGGGACCCAGCCAUACUAUCGCUUCACCAGACAGCCAGUGAAAUAUCACCGGCAUCAUAACCCAGGAACCCGAUUCCCUAACCCAUGUCGCACAACCAGCCAGCAGGAGGCCCCAGCGAGCGACCAUCCGGGGAGCGCAGACAGCAGCCGCAGCUCCUCUCCAGAACCGGGGACACAGAGACCUUCCCCAAGUUUAGAUGCCCACAGUGAGAACAUCCACCAGCUUCACCAGACCAGCAGAGCCUCAGAGAGUAAAGUGGACGUGCCACUGAACCCCCGCCAAGUUGUGCAGUACAUGCUGGGGCUGGAAUCAACUCUGACAUCAGCUUCAACUGUGACCUCGUCCAGUUCAACACAGGACUCUUCCCAGGUGGUUUCAACUGGGUGUCAAGCUGAUCUAAACAUUAAUCAGUCCAAUAAUAGGCAGUGUGUUAGACAGAGUCAGACUCUGUGUCAGACAUCAAAAACACUUCCUCCUGAGCACAAACUGACCUCACCAGCUCACAAGAUCCUGUUGGGCCUGAAGCUGAGACGCUGCCACUCAGGGAAGGAAGAGCAGCUCUUUGUCUGAGGAAAAACGGAUUUACAUUUACACACCUGCACAUACACUGAAUCAUGUAAAAUCACUGAUAUAACCUUUAUUAUGUGGAUAAACUUCUACUGCUAUCGAUAUUAAUCCAGUUCUCAUGAAUAAAUGCUCACACAAAUAUCUCACAACACAGAAUGUAACGCAAAAGAAUCAUAUGAAAGUACCAAAAGUUAGAUAAUUCACAUUAACAAUCAAGUCACUGUUUGAGGAGACACAGUUAAAAAGUCAAGGCUGUAUUACAACUAAUCCUCUGUAGGAGUUUGUUGACCAUCCGGUUGUCUUAUACCCAAACCAGACUAGAGUGGUUCACUUAUCCCUUUAAAUAUUUCUUGUAUAGUGAAGUGCAUCAACAGGUUCUUCGAGAUCAGGUAAAAAAAUGCUACAAGCACAUAAAGUAGGUGUCAGAAGUUAUGUUCAGAAUAUCCCUUUUUCAGACAUGCUGCACAAUAAAAAAAUACCAUGACAUGUUGUAAAUGUAUAUCAGAAAAUGCUCGCUGUCAUCUAUUUGUCGCGCAGAAAUUAUUUUAAAGUACAUAAAACAAACUAUGCCUUUA